AAUCAAAAAUCAAAAAAAGAAUUCUAGAGAGAGAGAGGGGAAGAGAGAGAGAGAGAGUCGCACAUGGUCAAAUCUUGCAAGAAAGAAGAUCUCUGCAACAUCUCGGUGCUUUACCUUCUCUCUCUAAAACAUUUAUUUCAAUUCUUGUAGGUAAAAAAAAAAGACAAAUUUUCGGUGCUUAAUUUGAUCCAAGUUUUGCAGAUUUCGAGAUAUUUUUCAGCUAUAUCAUACGGAUGCUCAAUAAUCUGAGUGGCGUCUAAGUGAAAUACAAUAUAAUUCCUUGACUUGGUUGGACCCAAAAUGGCUUCCGGUGGAAUGGCUCCUUCUGCAGGUGGAGAAGCUGUUGGCAAGGCUAUGUUUGUUGAAAAACUGCCGAAGGAAAUCAACGAUAUGAAGAUUAGAGACGACAAGGUGGAAAAGGAAAUGGAGGCAACCGUGGUGGAUGGUAACGGGACUGAAACUGGACACAUAAUUGUUACUACGAUCGGAGGUAGAAAUGGUCAACCAAAGCAGACGAUAAGCUAUAUGGCGGAGCGUGUCGUUGGCCAGGGUUCUUUUGGCAUCGUAUUUCAGGCGAAGUGCUUAGAAACGGGAGAAGCUGUUGCAAUUAAAAAAGUGUUGCAGGAUAAGCGAUACAAGAACCGUGAAUUGCAGACAAUGCGUCUUCUUGAUCAUCCCAACGUUGUUUCACUCAAACACUGCUUCUUUUCAACGACAGACAAGGACGAGCUUUAUCUCAAUUUGGUUCUUGAAUACGUGCCAGAGACAGCAUAUCGCGUAACAAGACACUACAGUAAGGCAAAUCAGAGGAUGCCUAUGAUAUAUGUCAAACUAUACACGUAUCAGAUUUUUAGAGCGCUAGCAUAUAUUCAUGCAAUAGGUGUUUGCCACCGAGACAUUAAACCGCAAAAUCUUCUGGUCAACCCUCAUACUCACCAACUAAAACUCUGCGACUUUGGGAGUGCAAAAGUUCUGGUCAAAGGGGAACCAAAUAUAUCCUACAUCUGUUCUCGGUAUUAUCGUGCACCUGAACUCAUAUUUGGUGCAACUGAAUACACUACUGCAAUUGAUAUAUGGUCAGUUGGUUGCGUCCUUGCUGAACUUCUUCUAGGACAGCCACUUUUCCCAGGUGAGAGUGGAGUUGACCAGCUUGUUGAAAUCAUCAAGGUCCUUGGUACCCCAACUCGUGAAGAAAUCAAAUGUAUGAAUCCAAACUACACGGAGUUUAAGUUCCCUCAAAUCAAAGCACACCCAUGGCACAAAAUUUUUCACAAGCGAAUGCCCCCGGAAGCUGUAGAUCUUGUUUCAAGACUCCUCCAAUAUUCUCCUAAUUUGCGGUGCAAUGCUUUGGAGGCCUGCGUCCAUCCUUUCUUCGACGAGCUUCGUGACCCAAGCACCCGUCUCCCAAAUGGCCGCCCAUUGCCGCCCCUCUUCAAUUUCAAAUCUCAAGAGUUGAAAGGCGCAUCGUUGGAACUUUUGGCUAAACUGAUACCGGAACAUGCUCGAAAGCAGUGUCCUUCUCUUGGGCUUUAGUUUGUAAACAAUGUUGUUGUUGAUCCAAGUGAAUUAAUUUAUGUUUUUAGUUCUAAAAAUAUUUGGCAAAAAUAACUCAGAAAUUUCUGAUUGUUAAAACUUAGUGGUUUGAUGGCAUUUGUAGACAUUUGUUGAUGAUGCAAAGUAAAACAUGUCUUGUAGCUUUUAUUUGGUAC